AUGCAUACCGCCAUUCUUGCAGCCGCAUUCGUGGCAACGGCUCUCGCCGUCCCUUACCACAACCAUCACCAACGCGACGUCGUCUAUGAUUACAAUACUAUCACGGUGACCGACGUUGUCUACGUUACUGCCAGCGGGUCUGCGCCUUCCUCGUCCGCGACAAGCGAUGCUGCCGAUUCUUCGGCCGCUACGAGCUCAUCGACUGCCGCUUACCGUGGUUUCCACCAGUCUCGGUACUCGCGAUCCAGGGCAGGUGUCACCACCACUACCUCGACUAGCUCCGUCCAGGCCACGACCUCUAGCUCCACUAUCGAUGUCCCGACGUCUACCUUGGUUGCGGAGACCACUUCCUCAGCUCAAGCGCCGACCACUUCCUCGACUCAAGCGCCGACCACUUCCUCGACUCCAGCGCCGACCACUUCCUCGACUCCAGCGCCGACCACUUCCUCGACUCAAGCACCGAGUUCUACUCAGACUCCUUCUUCGACCCAGGCCCCGACCACAACUGCAUCGCCAUCGACGACUCAGCAGCCGUCUUCCACUUCGACCUCAACCACUUCCCAGGCGCCCACUACCAGCAUCGCUGCUUCAAGCUCAACCCAAGCAGCCGCGAGUAGCGUUCCCAGCCUUGCAUCCGAUUCGUACCAAGACGUGGCCGUCUACCACCACAACAUUCACCGCGUCAAUCAUUCCGCACCUAACAUCGUAUGGGAUACCGGACUUGCCAACACCGCUGCUAUCAUUGCCUCUAGCUGCAACUACUCACAUAAUACCGACGUGAACGGAGGCGGCUACGGCCAGAAUAUCGCUGCCGGCGUUAACGCCGAAAACAUCUCGCUCAUCAUCACCGAGUUGUUCUACAACGGCGAAGUCAACUGGUUCGAUGGCUUAUACAAUGUAGCGCAGCCUAACAUGACCAACUUCGAGCAUUGGGGCCACUUCUCGCAAAUUGUGUGGAAAUCGACAACUAGCAUUGGCUGCGCGACACAAAUGUGCAGCAACCUCAUCAACUUUGGUACAGACUCUUCAUUCACUGUGUGUAACUACGGGCCACCAGGCAACUUCGCUAACGAGUACGGUGACAACAUUGGAACCCCAUUGAACAAUCCAACAGCGAGUUGGAACACUGGUGGCCUUCCAGCGUCCGGCGCUACUGGCAGCAACUGA